AUGAUGGUCAGAGUGAGACGUCUUCGUCUUUGUUAAUCUGUGCAAACGCUGCUUUCCGCCCCGCAGCAGGAACGUAAUGAAACGUACACACCGGGCGAAGGUCUGUCAGUGACAGCUCGCUGCAUUUCUUCGGGAAUGAGACAUCCACACCGCUGAGCUGAAAAUGAGAGAGUGGUGGAUACAUGUGGGUUUGAUCUGCAUCCCGCUGGUGGCAGUGUACCUGAACAUCCCGCCCCCUCAGCUGUCACCUGCCCUGCAGAAGUGGCACAGUGCCGGGGAGUUCUUCCAGUUCAGAGGCAGGGAGGUCUUCUACAGAGAGUCCUAUGGUGCUUUGGGGACCUCCGAUGUGGUCGUUUUGCUCCACGGCUUCCCCACUUCCAGCUAUGACUGGAAUAAGAUCUGGGAGCCCCUCACCCAGCGCUUCCAUCGAGUAAUCGCACUUGACUUCCUGGGUUUUGGCUUCAGUGAAAAACCAAGACCCCACAGGUACUCCAUCUUCGAGCAGGCCAGCGUGGUGGAGGCUCUGGCGGCUCACCUGGGUCUGAUCAACCAGAGAGUAAAUGUGAUUUCCCACGAUUAUGGAGACACUGUGGCCCUGGAGCUGCUCUACAGGAACCACCAAAACCGUAGCGGUCACCUGACGUUCAAUAGCCUGUGUCUUUCCAAUGGAGGAUUAUUCCCAGAAACACAUCACCCACGCCUACUGCAGACAAUUCUGAAGGACUCCAGUUUUCUGGCUCCAGUUCUCACUCGUCUCACCAAUUAUAUCAUCUUCCAGAAGGGGAUUGGAGAUGUUUUUGGUCCGUACACGCAGCCCACAGAUGCUGAAUUCUGGGACAUGUGGACUGGUUUACGCUACAACGAUGGCAACUUAGUAAUGGACAGUAUUCUGCAGUACAUCAACCAGCGGUUAAAACACAGAGACCGAUGGGUGGGCGUGCUCACUUCCACCAUCGUCCCAUUGCACAUGAUCUACGGACCCCUGGACCCCGUCAACCCUCACCCCCAGUUCAUCCGUCUUUACCAGCAGCUGGUCCAGAGGUCGACGGUGACCGUUUUGGACGAACACAUCAGCCACUACCCUCAGCUCGAGGAUCCCACAGGCUUCCUUAAUGCGUAUUUUAACUUUAUUCACUCUUUCUGAAGGGAAAAGCAAACAGCAACACCUGUGCUCAAGGCACACUUCAGAAGCUGUUUGGUACUUUUGAAACACUUGUGAUAAAUGACCUUUCCUGAUGAUUGUACGCAGGAGAAGCUGCAUCAGUUUGAGGUUUAAUUUCCAGUGAUGUACUCAUUAACCAGCAUUAACCGCUCAAAUGUCAAUGAGUGACAUUUGAAGGCAUCAAAUAUGAGCUAGAAAACAAAUGACGUGUACUAAAUGCAACUAACUGAUGGACUGGCGGCAGUGUUAAUUUAUAAACCCUCAGAGGAAGCAUGAUUCCUAACAGUGUGGUUGUGUGAUUGUUGAACUUAAAUGUUGGUGUGUCGAUUCAUGAUCAGUCAAGUCCUGCUAUCAGCUGCACUCUGAAUGACUUUUGAUAUGAUUUUCUACUUUUUUCUUGAUGUCAAUGAAAAAAAUAAUGUCAAAUUUUGUUCAAAUAAAA